UCGAAACCACCCAUCAUCAUCAGCAUGAGCGGGUGAUGAUGUUACACAGUUUUGAUGAAUCGAUUAAUCGAUUAUCAUGAAACUGAUCCGUGUCCGUAUCAUGUUUGUGGGGGUGGGUGUCCAGAUUAAUUAGCCACCAAUGAUCACAUGGGUUGCAGGAUAAACACUAUUGCGACUCAUCAAGAACGUUUCUCUUGUUCUUGUUUCCAGCAGGUGCAUCAUGGAGCGAUCGUUCAACCGGACUCAUUCGUGAUUCCCGGCAGUGACUCACGCACGAGACGGGAACGAAACCGUCUGUGUCAUACGGUUAAUUGGCUCCAUGCUUAGUUUGUUUGCAAUUAGGAAAAAAAUCAUUCAUCACGCGAAAAAGGUCGUCACGGCGGCGUAAUGAAGGUCGCCGCUGAGACCUGUUCGAGACCUGUUGUGCCGCCGGUGGCAGUUUUGUACCGGAGUUCUAUGGCUCGAGACGUCAGCCGCCUCGUAACUGACUCACAGCCAUGAAUUUCACGGUAUUUUGUCACCUGCUUAUGAGUCGUUCGUUUGUUUGCUGUGUCCGAUGGAAUACUUUGCUAUCAAGCGCGUCUAAUGUCGAUAAGCUAAAACAGCGUGCAACGAAUGGGUGCCUACCAAAUCGAAUGGUGAAGUUUGCAUCGUAGUUGAAUGGCUCCAUCUGGGGGCGCGUGUGCGUCAUGGAUGUGCAGAAACUGCUGGACCGUACUGUACGUAUUACGUAGUACAGUACGUACUUAGCGAUGAGCUAGUUUCGCAUAAUUUUCCGAUCGUCAGGGUUCGGGAGUUCGUCCUGUGAUCUAGAGCAGGUAUAUUUAUUUUUGGUCGAAAUUGGAGGUGACUCAAACCGGUUCGCCGGGUGGACGGUUAAUGGUAUUAGUUCGUGAAUUAUGAUCUCGCUGAGAUAUCUUUGACAGAUAUCAACAACAUUGUGACGUUACUCGCACAUCCAGUCUGUUUAUUUAUCCGUACAGUUGGUGCCGAUGGGAAGUAAACAAAAUGCGCAUUUGUUGUUGCUUCUUAUUGGGCAUAUAUGGAGCAUAUAUGGUGGGGGUGAGUUGCCUUUGAAGGAAUCAUUGCGCAUACUAAACGAGACUGCGAGAUAGAUUCAUCAGACAGAUGCCUGUGUACAGUACUCGAUUUAAUUUCACUUUGCUACUGACUGGUGGUUGUAUCGGUAACAUCAGUUUAUAACAGGGCUAUAGUAUCAUGGCAUAGAGCGAUAUCUUAUAAAAAGAUUUUAUUUACAAAGCAAUCAGUUAUUGUUAGUGGCGUUGCCAGUCGCAUGAUUCUAUUCUAUUCACUAUUAAUGACUAUUGGCUAACGUUUCCUUUUUUUGCUUCCGUCUGCUACUGUUAUUGAAGUUAGUUUGUGUAUAGAGCAGGGGUUAGAAAUCUCUUGUUUGAAAAUAAUAUGUAAUAAAAUACGCACAAGAAGUUCCACAUGGGUGGCACAUUAAAAGAAAAUACUACAACUCUUUUAACAGCAGAAGAUUUUUUUUAUUUUGAAUUCUUUGAUGAAUUCGACGGUACAUUUUAUAUUUUUGCUGCUGCCUUUUUGUGUAGCAUUUUACAUACUCUGUUUUAUUAGCCUAAGCAUGGCAAUUUAUCAUGAAGAGAUCAUACUAGAGACAAAAAAUAAAAAUGAAGCAUUCAGAUUGGUUUUCUUUGGCGUACCCCUUUACGACAUUCAAUAAUAUGCCAAUCGUACUUGACUAUUUAAUCUAAGUUUUUUUGAGGAAAUUAACAAUGCUGGAAACACAAGCAUUGCAGAUUGUUAUUGCAGUAGCAUUUCACAGUUAGACAACAAACAACAUAGAAACUUUUAAUGUUUUAGUAACGGGAGCUAUUACUUUCUAACGGCAAAAUUACGCCUACGAAAUAACUUUAACAUUAGUCCGUAAUCAAUGUAUUAUGUGACCAACGCCAACUUACCACAAAAUAAGUGAUAAUUGUAAUGAAAAAGUCGAAAAACGCUGCUAGUGAUCUAAUUCAUUCACAACAUUCAUAUGGGCUAUUUAUUUGCCUCCGACGAAGCAAUUAGUACGAAUCAUCACAAUAAGGCAAAUAAAUCAAUAUCGAUGCACUGAGGCGACUGAAUUGACGAUCUAAUUAAAACUAUUGUCGCAAUAACCUUGGCUAGCUGAUUGCGGGUUGUGCAGCAAUGUUUAUCAAUUGAAGGAUGCGUUACAAAUAUGCAACAGGCGUCCAAUUUCCCAGGAUUACCCCGAAUAGCAUAUCGAACGAAGAUGGCGUGAAUUGUGGACAGUUCCAUAACGUUAUAAAAGUUGCACGCCAUUCGACCGACCUCGCUAAUGAUCACGGUUUACUAAUUGGCAAGGAUAUAAAACAGCAUUUAGCAAUAUGAAAACAUUCAUUUGUGAUAGCGUGGCAGUGCGACAGUGAUUACAUCAAUGACAACUGUAAUGGAGCUGAGCCCCGGGAAAGGAAAGUUUCCUCUGGUCGAUCUCACUAUAAGAGGGCUCAAAGUGAUGCGUUUUUGGAACGAAAAGCCUGCUCAAACGUUCUCGAUUUUUGGUUUGCUCCUGGUAGUUGUCUACCCGAUCGUUUGGCUUAUUCCGAGCUGGCUGUUCAUAAUCAGCUCGCAGGACAACCUCACGCUGCUAAUGAAGGCAGCUAACGAACAGAUUGUGUUCAUGGCUAUCUUUUUCAAAUUGUGCAGCUUUGUUAUAAAUUUCCAUCGUUGGGAACAGUUGUUUUACGAUCUGCAACGUGCGUUCACCUCCGUCAUGGACGAUCAGAGUCUGGACAUUCAAGGGAUUCUGGGACACGUAGAAAAAACGGCACACCUUUUGACGAAGGGCUACACUUCCGUCCUGUGCUUCAACUGUGCUUUGUAUGGAGUAUUUCCAAUGUUGUUCGUUGCGGUGAAAUACGCCAUCACUGGGUCGCACGAUGUACCACUGUCGACACCGAUCGAGGCAAAUUAUUUUAUUCCAGGUUAUCGUACCCACUUUUGGCUCUGGUUGCCGCUUAACGUUAUGCUAAAUGUUUUGCUGGAGAUGCAUGGAAUAGCACUAUUUUUGAUUGAAUGUUUCACGUGGAGUCUGGUCCAUGCUACGUCAUGUUUGUUCCGAGUUCUGCAGAUCCAGGCCCACGAGCUGUCGAAUCAGAAUGAGCGCAAAGAUCAGUGGUAUGCCAAAUUUGAAAGCUUCGUUUCUUUGCACGAGUCCGUUCUUCGCUCAGCACGUACACUCGAAGAAAUUCUGAGCUUUCAGAUGCUGUUUCUUUACAUGUCAACUGUUUUUGCACUCUGCCUCAUGGUGAUGGUGCUCUCUUUGGCUUUCAAUGAUGUGUUUCUGUUGAUAGCAAUGAUCUGUGUUAUUGGUUACUGUCUUUUUCAAACAUUUUCCUUCUCUUACCUGGGCACCGAGCUGAUCGAGGAGAGUGGGGCUGUGGCGGAUGCCAUUUUUCACAGCACCUGGUACAACCAGAGCGUGAAAAGACAGAAAGAUCUUUGCUUUGUGCUGAUGCGCGCCAAGAAGCCGGUGAAAUUAACGGCAGGAAAGUUAUUCAUCGUAACGAGGGAUUCCUUUACGGAGGUGAUUAAGCAGGCGUACACCAUUUUUACGUUGAUGUCCCAAUUUCUGGAAGAAUCUGCUAAUUAAAUAUUUACAAUCUGCGGAGGACAUCUGCAAGGAAACUCAGUAGCGUAAUUCAUACGUCACUUGUUGCCGAAAGCAAUACAUUUGUAGCAAAGUUAAUUUUUCAAGUUAUAGCAACAUAUUCAUCAUCGCUUUACCGUUUGAAAAAGUGCAAUAUUAAACUAAGCAUAACUUAUUGCUUAAUUGUUGUUAUUGUAAAGGCAGCCAUUCUUUUCGUAGGCUCCUUGGAUGAAAUGGUAAACAAAGCUAGUUGACAUGGGAAGUUGACGGCUUCAGAUGACAGGGGAAUCAAUUACCUUUUAUUGUGAAAUUACUAGAUGACAUUGUUAUAGUUAUUGUUAUGUUAUGGACGGGGUGGUCCGGUGGCCGAGGCGAUAACGGCGCCGGUCUUCACACGGCAGGACCGAGGUUCAAAUCCCAUUCAGACCGC